AACAGAAUGAGGGGCUCAGUUCCUUCUCAGUCGCGUGCUGUUCAGAAGUUCGUCCUCAGUGCAGGUCAACAGCUGUUUAAAUCAUGUCUGUUUUUCUACAUCACUGCCCAUUCUUGAAGUCCACUCCAGGCCCUACUUUAAGGAAUGUGGCUGCGUACCUUAGCUUGGCUGACCGAUGUCCGAUCAUUGUCCGGAAGAUCUCGGUAAAAGCCAGCCAGUCAGUGGAAGAAAAUGGCCUGCUUCCUCAUAAGGAGCCAAAGCGACAGCUGGCCACAACAGCCACUCAGGUGGCGAUAUCCAUGUCACAGAGCUGUCCAUUCGUUUCUUCUAAGAUUGGACUGGUUAAAGCCAAUCCGCAAUUGCAGGAGGAUGUACAGUCAAUUAAGGAAACAAGCAAUCAAGGCACAACAGGCAUGAUGAGCUCACUGUUCAGUGGCUUACAAAGUCAUCACUCUAUUGGUCCUACACACCUUCUCCGGGACAACAUUGCCAGGCCAAGUUUCUACUACGAUGACUUCUUCACACAGAAGAUUGUGGAGAAGAUGAAUGACCAUACCUAUCGUGUCUUUAAGACGGUGAACCGUUUUGCUGAGGUUUUUCCCUUCGCUGAGGACUACUCUGUCCCAGGACGCAUGGGCUCCCAGGUGUCUGUAUGGUGCAGUAAUGAUUACCUGGGCAUGAGUCGACAUCCCUGCGUUGUCCAGGCAAUUCAAGAGGCUUUGGAAAAACAUGGAGCAGGAGCAGGUGGCACACGGAAUAUUUCUGGGACAAGUAAUUAUCAUGUGGCCCUGGAGAGUGAGCUAGCCCGUCUACACCAGAAAGAUGGAGCACUAGUCUUCUCUUCCUGCUUUGUGGCCAAUGAUUCCACCCUCUUUACUAUGGCAAAAAUGCUCCCAGGCUGUGAGAUCUACUCAGAUAUGGGCAAUCAUGCCUCCAUGAUCCAGGGCAUCAGGAACAGUGGAGCCAAACGUUACAUUUUCCGACACAAUGACACCAAUCACCUGGAGGAACUGCUAAGCCACUCCGAUCCACUCACCCCCAAAAUCGUGGCUUUUGAAACUGUGCAUUCUAUGGAUGGUGCCAUUUGCCCUCUAGAAGAGCUGUGCGAUGUAGCACACAAAUAUGGAGCUCUGACCUUUGUGGAUGAGGUUCACGCUGUUGGGCUGUAUGGGGCACAUGGAGCAGGUGUGGGAGAGAGAGACAAUGUCAUGCAUAAGAUUGAUAUUGUCUCUGGAACUCUGGGUAAGGCGUUUGGCUGUGUGGGUGGGUACAUAGCUAGCACUGCCGCCCUGGUGGACACUGUGCGCUCCUACGCCGCAGGGUUUAUCUUUACUACCUCCUUGCCUCCUAUGGUACUUGCGGGGGCUCUGGAAUCAGUACGUGUGCUGAAGAGCCCAGAGGGCCAAGCUUUGCGCAGAGCUCACCAGAGAAACGUCAAACACAUGAGACAGCUGCUGCUGGAUGCCGGACUGCCUGUAGUCAACUGCCCCAGUCACAUCAUUCCCAUACGGAUUGGAAAUGCAGCGAAAAACUCUGAAGUGUGUGAUAUUCUAUUGGAGAGACACAACAUCUAUGUGCAGGCAAUAAAUUACCCAACAGUGCCCCGUGGAGAGGAGCUGCUGCGGCUGGCCCCUUCUCCUUUCCACAACCCUAUUAUGAUGAACUACUUUGUUGAGAAACUGUUGGAUGUCUGGCAGGAGGUCGGACUACCACUGAAUGGACCAGCGAUGGCCUCUUGUACCUUCUGUGAUCGCCCACUCCACUUUGACCUCAUGAGUGAGUGGGAGAAGUCAUAUUUUGGUAACAUGGAGCCCAGGUACAUCACUGUGGCUGCUUAGUAAGUCAACCAGUCAGCAGACCAAGAUGAUGACGAGCUGUUAGAUCAGAUUUCUCAACUCCUCGAAACUCAAACAUCCAGUUCCAAACCAGAUUAUCUUUCAUUGAAUCUAAAAUAAAUGUGGAGGGUGCUCAAAAAUGUCAUAAAUUAUUUUAAGCACUGUUUGUGGCAAUGUGAAAUGUUGCUGUUUUGUUUGCUGUGAUUGUUAUUAAUAAUGCAAGGAAAAUAUUUUUUAUGUAUUUGCGUAAAUGUACCACUAAAUUAUAGUUAUUAACAAAUUGGCUUAAUUACACAGUGUGUCCCCUCUGCAUGACAACAAACCUGCACAUGGGCACUUUUUGGUUGGUAAUUAUUACUACCCCCCCCCGAUGCAAGAAAAUCAUAUCUGGGAUGGCAGGAGGGCAUAUGAUGAGUGCAUUUUAAUUUUGGGUGAACUAUCUCUUUAAAAACAGCUUACACUGAAAUUGUGCCACAUGUUAUAUUGGUGUUUUGGACCAUUUUAUUUUCCUAUUAAAAUGUAUGUAUUUAGAAAUUCAAUAAACUUUCUCUGU